GUAGCAAAACAAUGUGCUACUAUAGAAGAUGUAACUCCUAACUGCCAAAUUGAACUGGAUGGUUUCACUUUAAACGUGCCCACACAAAGGUACAAGAGGUGGAUGUUGCAAAAACACAAGAAAUAAACGUCCCAGUAUGGUGAUACAAAGUUAAGCACAAGUUACUUCCACUCGUCCUCUGCUGAACUGAUACCAGAAGCCAUACCCAGGUGCUUGUGACCAUCAUCUUUGUCGCAGUUAAGUUAAUUUUAGGGAACUCGCGCUUCCUGUUGCGUGGUUCCGCACUGUUGCGCAUGCAAGCUGUUUAAGACACAAUCAGGGUGUGAGUGUAAGUUACGGUCACUGCGCUCGGCGUGUGUGCUCGUGGCUAAGCUCUGUAAAGCUCUGUAAAGCUCUUUUCUCUGGACAGUUUCUCCGUUUGUCCGCACCAUCAUGUCGGUGCCGCAGCAGUUACGAGACAAAAGUGACUUUGACCAGCUGCCUCAUAACAUCCCUGUCAGUGCCAGUAUCGCUGAUAUUGAGGAGAAGAAAGGCUUCAUUGAUUACUAUAGGUUUGUGAUUGAGGUGAAGACUAAAGGAGGGAGUAAGUAUUUUAUCUACAGACGGUACCGAGAAUUUUUUAACCUCCACCAGAUCCUUGAGUCCAAAUACUCCCCAGAAGGUAAUGAAAAACCUGGUCCCAACACCUGCAUCCUGCCUUCUCUUCCAGGAAAAAUCUUCAUUGGGAACAAACAGGAGAUUGCAGAGAGCAGGAUCCCUGAACUCAACACAUACAUAAAGAGGUUGCUGGGUCUGCCAGCAUGGUUCCUGCUCGACGAGACUCUCAGGAUGUUUUUCUAUCAGACGGAGCAGGACGGCCAGCAGGAACCACGAGCCCUCAGGCGCCUCCGCCCACCUACCCGCAAAGUGAAGACAGCCAAACCAAAGAUGGACCUCUUCUCCUCCCCCAGGGCCGAGGCGAUGUUUGACUUUCGCGGCAACGGCAAGGCGGAGCUGAACUUGAAGAGAGGAGAGGUGAUCUUCCUACUGCGACGAGUCAACGCAGACUGGCUGGAGGGCACAGUGAACAAUCAGACGGGGAUUUUCCCAGAAUCCUUUGUGAAGAUCAUAAAGCCUCUCCCUGACAGUGAUUCAGAAGGUGAAGGUGGAGGCCACACCUACAGCUGUCUGCGCUGCUUUCUGCUCACCCCCUCCGGUGUUGAAACCAGAGAUGUAUGUGUACAAGAGGACCUCACCAUCCAGCCAACAUACAAGGACCUGCUGUCACGCAUGCGGAACGUCUUCAACAAGGAUGACAUCGCUCUGAACUACCGCGACCCCGAGGGUGACCUCAUCCGUAUCCUGGACGACGAAGACAUCCAGCUGAUGAUCAGGGAGGGUAGAGCUCAGCAAGGCAAAGUCAAGAGACCUGUCAAUCAGUUUCCAUGGGAACUGUAUGCGACCUUGGCCUCUGACUUUUCUGUCUACAACAUUGAGGCCUGAGAGGAGGACAGAAGUAUAGAGUUUGAGUUCAAGGGAUGUUCAUAUAUCAGAACAAUGAACUUGACCAAGUUACAUUAUAAUGUUGCUGAUGAUGCUUGUUUAUGGUUCGGCUGCUUUCAUGUUAAGAAGUUCACCGGUCUUUCAGUUAAUAGC